AUGUCAGACGCCUGCGAAACCUACAAGCUCGGCGACUUCAAGUUGCAGCGCGGAGGAGAGCUUCCGGACGCUUCCAUCGCCUACAAGACACUGGGAGAUUCUUCUCUUCCAGCUGUGAUUUACCCUACAUGGUACUCUGGACUCAUAUCCGAUAAUUUGUGGCUUACAGGCCCCGGCAAGACGCUUGACCCUUCCAAGUACUAUAUCAUCAUCCCAGCUCUCUUUGGAAACGGCCAAUCAGCUUCACCGUCGAACAAGCCAGAGCUUAGGCCAUUUCCUGAAGUUACCUUCUACGACAACGUACGAGCGCAGCAUGAGCUCGUCACCAAUCACUUGGGUAUCAAGCAUGCAAGAGCUGUCCUGGGUUGGAGUAUGGGUGCAGGCCAGACCUUCCAAUGGGCGACGCAAUAUCCAGACUUCAUGGAUCUGAUUGCUCCUUUCUGUGGCGCCGCGAGGACCAGCCUGCACAAUCAGGCAAUGCUUGAGGGCGUCAAGUCCGGGCUGUACGCAGCGAAGGGAACCAGCAGCGAGGGCGUCGGUAAGCAACAUCUGAGCUCGGACAAAGUCCAAUACGUGCGAUUCACCGAAGAGUCGAAGCGGGUCGGACUCAAGGCGCUCGGUCGAGUGUACUCGGCAUGGGGCUUGAGCCAAGCUUUCUACCGGGAGAAGCUUUACGAAAGUGUGCUAGGCUUCAAGGACAUUGAGGACUUCAUGGUCAAGUUCUGGGAGGCAUGGGCGUGUUCGAAAGAUCCAGAGAACAUGCUGGUCAUGGCGAAUACGUGGCAACUCGGAGACUGUUCGAAACAAGAGCCAUACGACGGGGACUUUACGAAGGCGAUGGAAGGGAUCAAGGCGAAAGCGCUGGUGCUACCGGCUCAAACUGACCUCUACUUCCCACCAGAGGAUUCGGAGAUCGAAGUGCAGAACAUGAGGCCGGGCGUCGGCACGCUGAAAGUCAUCCCCAGUAUUUGGGGCCACUGGGCUGGAGGGCCUGGAGACAGCAAGGAAGAUGUAAAAUGGUUGGACGAACAACUGCGGGAGUUCUUCGCGAGUAAUUGA